UUUGAAUUGUAUGAAACCGACGACGAAUCAUAACAAUCUAAUUUAUUUUGAAAAGCCGGCUACGAAACGAGUUUCAUUAGUCUAAGGAAAUUCUUUAAAUUCACCUUUAAUCUAGAACUUAAUUGAUUAUUUUAGUGUAAGCCCCGGUCAUCAUUGUUGAAAUGAUCUCAAGAUUUGCCUUUUAAAAUGUAUCACAAAGGAAAAUAUUAUGUGACCUUUAAACGUGGAUGUGAAGAACUUAAGAAAGAUAUAACAUUAAUUGUGAAUAAAGUUUUUGAAAGUGACAGUUUGAGAAUAACUUUAUCAGACGAUGACGAUCCUAUGUUUUUAUGUGUUCUUAUAUUAACAAGGAUUGACUAUGAUGACUUGAAGAAACAACAAGGCUUACUUGUGGAUUUUGAUAAUUUUCCAGCACAACUUGUUAAACUGUUGCAGCAGUGUGCUAUAAAUAAUAUGUUCCUUAUAAUGCAGCAGACAAAUCCUCUACAGUAUUAUUUAGAAGUAGUAGAGCACAAUGAGUUCAAACGUCUUAUCCAUCUAUCCUUGAAGACUUGUCCAGCAACUGAUACAGAUAUUAAACAACACAUGGCUAGUACUAUCAAAAAUUUGAAAGAUUUGUUAUCUUCUUUGAAACUUGCUGCUGCAAGUAAUGAGUCAUCACUAAACACGAAAUGUGUAAGUUUAGAAAAUAGAAUCAAAGAAUUGAAUCUAACAUUAGCAAAAAUGCAAGAUGAUAAAAUAAGACAAGAAAUAGAAAUUCAAAAAACACUUGAACAAGAACGUGAGAAAAUUACUCAGGAGAGAACAAAUCUACAGAAAAAUAGCGAAAUGACAAUGAAAGCACAUCUGACUUCAUACCAAGAAACUUUGAAAAGAAAAGAGAAAGAACUUGAUGAAUUAAAUAUUCGAUGCAAGCAGUUGAAAGAUACUAUUUUUGAUUUAGAAAAGCAGUUAAGUGAAAGAAGUCAAAGAUUGAAUGUUUUGGAGAAAGAAGUCCAAAAGUCACAUAUUGAAGUGGCCACACUAAGAGCUAAUAGUACAGGCUUAGAGAGAGAUAUUCAAGAGAAAGAGAGGCAGUAUACCCAUCAAAGUUCUAGAUGUACAUUUUUGGAAAAGACAGCUAAGGAAAAUGCUGAUAGUAUAAAAGACUUGAAAAACACAAUUCAGAACCUUAAAAGGGAAAAAGCAUGCUUAGAAGAAAGAGUAGCAGUCAGUGAAUCUCAUAUUAACAAAAACAAUGAAAUAGUACAAUCAACGACGGAGCAACUCAUGAAAGCAAAUCAAAUCAUUUCUAAACAAAAUGCUGAUUUAAUAGAAUUAAAAGAAAAGCUAAUGUGUCGAACGGCUAUUGCACUGGAACAGGAGAAGGUAAUCGAGCGUAACUCCAAAGAGAUUGACGAACUCAAAUCUGAGUUAAACGAUAGUAAAAACAACCUAGAGCAGUUGCGCAGAGAACUGAAUGAUCUCAAUCAAAAGUACGAGUCCAGUGAGAAGACUUUAAAAGACAAGGAGGAAACUAUAAAAAAUAACAAUAUGGUGAUACAGUGGCUACACAAAAAGUUGGAGGGUUGCACGCCAGUAGACCUGCCUCAAAGCAAUGAUAACCACGGAACAAAGCCCUCAAGCAGCUCAAGUCCCUAUUUCACAGCUAAAAACAUCCGAAAUGAUUCGCUGCCCUACGUUUCUGAUGAUUCUAUAAAUUUUUACGCUACAUCCAAAUUGUCUGAUGUAGAAAAGAGUCCUGAAAUUCAAAGUACAACUUCGAAAACAGGAUUGGAUCCAAAAUACUUAAAGCCUGCAAGUAACAUCAACCAUGCUACGAAAGGUUCGAAAGCUACUUCCGCUGAAACACAAAGAGGUAAAGAAAAUACCAACAUCAAUUUGCCGAAGGUUGAUUACAGAGAAAAAAAGUCAUCAAGAAGCAAUACGUAUCGGUCAACACCAGUAUCGGCAUAUUUUCCAUGAUAUUAUUAUUUUAUAAACUAUCGUUAAUGAAACGAGGUUUCGACCCGUCUAAUUUCAAAUGGUUACCGCAGCCCAUAGACACAAUGUAGCCUAUCUUGAGACGUAAGGUCGAAAAUCUUGUUGUUGUAAUAAUUAUUAAUCUACAAUCAGAAUGUAGGAAUGUUUUGCAAAAUUUUUGUAACUAAGCAACACUAAAUUAAUAAAAAUUGUAUUAACAUUAAUUAAAUGAAUUUGCAUAAUUAUAUAAUGUUAUGUUAUUCUGGUAUAAGAUGUGCAAUAAAUUAUUUAAAUCUUAUUUUUUUUAUUUCUAUACACUUAUGGUAGUGAAGCUUAAACAUUGUACUUUCUAGCUAUUACACAGCAUCGCUUAAUCUUAUCUGUUUCAAUGAAAUCACGUAAGCUCUGAAAUAAAUUACUAUAUAGUAAAAUUUUCAAGACGUGUACUUUAGUUUUGGCAAAAUAUUUUGGUAGUCUGGACAAAAUGGAAAUGAAAAUUGUUCAGGACAAAGUACUCCUUAAUUUGUUAAAAUUUAGAUCACUAUAAAUCUUCUUAUA